GACGUCGCUUACGUCAGUGUGGGUGUUUCGGUCGGCGGCCAUUAUUCUACGUAGAAUUAAUAAUUUUCGCUUUUUAUUGCAAAGAAACAAAGAACUUUGUUAUUUUCAAUAUAUUCUGCAAAUUUAUAGUUUUGGAAAAGAUUAUUUUAUAGUACAAAAUGAAUCCAGAAUACGACUAUCUAUUCAAGCUGCUCCUGAUUGGAGACUCCGGAGUCGGCAAGUCCUGUCUGCUGCUCAGAUUCGCCGACGACACGUACACAGAGAGCUACAUCAGCACCAUCGGAGUGGACUUCAAAAUUAGAACAGUAGAAUUAGACGGCAAGACAAUAAAGUUACAAAUAUGGGACACAGCCGGCCAGGAACGGUUUAGGACAAUCACAUCGUCAUACUACAGAGGGGCACACGGCAUCAUCAUUGUCUAUGAUUGUACAGACCAGGACUCGUUCAGCAAUGUGAAGCAAUGGCUGGAGGAGAUCGACCGCUACGCGUGCGACAACGUCAACAAGCUGCUGGUCGGCAACAAGUGCGACCUUACCACCAAGAAGGUGGUCGACUACGCUACGGCCAAUCAAUACGCGGAACAACUUGGCAUACCGUUCCUGGAGACGUCGGCCAAGAACUCGACGAACGUGGAGCAGGCGUUCAUGACGAUGGCGGCGGAGAUCAAGGCGCGCGUGGGCCCGCCCAGCGCGGGCGCGGCUCCGGCCGGCGCCGCCGUGCGCAUCGACCCCGGCCGCCCCAUCGACACCAACAAGUCCAGCUGCUGCUGAGCGCGGGGCUGCGGCGGGCGGCACACCGCGCAGUCGUUGUGCGCCCGCGAGCUCCACAACCACCACAAACGUUUCAUGACCGCCACACUCCGACCCCCAACACUCUACUUGAUACGUCGCCCGCAAACUGCUACAUAAUUACCACAUACAUGAGACCUACAUACCAGAUUGUUAUUAGUUCGUCGCACUUGACCUAAUUUACGUCGAGUUUGAAUUUUGCCUUGGGGAAUUUCAGCCUUAUGAUCAUACUUAUAAAACUCAAAAUUGUUGAACGUUUGAAUUAUACCGGAAAAAAAUUGCUAAACAGUUUCGAGAUUUAUACGUCUGAACGCAAAGUUCAAUUUCGCUAAUUCGAACGCCAACGAACGCCAACUACGAAUAUUCAGCGGUUAUACUUGUCUCUUUCUAUCGGCGGAUCGCAGUAUGUUUAAAAGAGAUAGAUACCAUUUGUUGGCUUUCGUUGGUUUGAUGUGUAUGAUGUGACAUAUGUACAUGGCUAUAUAUAGUAAGAAUUUGUUCCAAAUAAAAAACAAAUGUAAGAACGAUUCAAAUAGCAUCUAGUAUACAUACAUACAUAGUAACAUACGUACCCUGCUUCAUAUACAUUAGGAACGUGAAAAGAUGUAGGUUGGUUCUGGUUUUCGUAUCGAUUGACUUUCAUGAUCGAUUUAAGAUCUAAAGAAGGUAGAAAGUUGAAGUAAAAUUCGGUCAGUCAUAGUAUUUUCCCCGAAAAUGACAAUGCAUUAAGUACUAAGAUUUAGAAUGCUAACGCUCAAACAUUUUAAUUUUAAUUAAUAUUCUUAACUUUCCAACUUCCCAUAGUUUCCUGAUCAAAUUCGACUUGAAAUGUUUGACAAAGUGUAUUUAUUUUGUGUAACAUUAUAAGUUUUUAACAGAAUAUGCUUGUUUUGAUUUAAUACUGUGGGUGACGUACGAGUCGAUAGCUACUUGGUCGAGUCGUAAGAUAGGGGCUCACUUUUUGUUAAUUUGCUUGAGGAUUGAGACAUGGUUGGUGUAUGUUUAUACAUGUUUAUAUAUAAUGAAUAUCGUAGGUUAAUUGUGCUGUUUCCAUAAUGUGAAUUUUGCGGCAUAGGUAAUGGAAGAAAUUCACGUGUUUUAUAUGGUAUAGCAUAAAUAGGGCGAGCCUUGUAUCACACUCGGUAAGGUUAAGGACACAGUGGUUACACGGGCGUAAAUGGCGUAACUAAAACUUUGACGCCUUAUUUUUACCAUGACGAAGAUCUUGUGAAAAGUUUACUGUUCACUUACUGAAGUUCCACUCGGGAAUCGAAUCUUGAAGUGUGAGCGCAACGUACAUGUCCGUAUAUGUAAAUUUAAGAAAUAAUUUCGUUGAAUAUCAAAUAGUAGGAAAUUUCGCGCCUAUGUAACCGCUGUGUCCAAAAAAAGAUUUCGUUUAGAUAACUUUAAAUAAGAUAGGCGCACUAUGCUAAGUCGGUAUGGAGUGUGGCAAUGCAAAACAAUUACAAAUAAUGUAUUAAAUUUUAAUAUUAUGAAAUUCCGAAGACACGGUGUAGUGUGCCCCUUUGUAUAAGUUAUUACAAUCUAAAGUUACAGAAAGAUGUCCAUUCUUGUAGGCGAUAUUCCAGCUUCUGUUUAUUCCGUCACAGGUACUAAUAUGCACUGGGUGUUAUAUAUAACUAUAGUGGAAGCGUACAUGGGUUGUGCUAUGUUCAACAUUUUGUGUCCAAACUCUGUUUACAUACGCUUAGUAAGUUUAAGUCUUGUCAAUUGCAAUUAGUUUGCGAUGUAGGUUAAGCUAUCGCUCGUUGUAAUGCCUCAUUCAUCGCUUCCAAAGCACAAAUGGAGAAGCGGCGCCUCAAACUCUCACUGCCUUUUCCCAGAAGUGUGCAUGUCAUUCAAAGUCUUUUAAAAUUGACUUAAACUACUCGUAAUUAUGUCCACUAGCAGUUAUGAUUAAGUAAAUGCCUUGGAGCUGAGCUGUCAGCUCCUAAGCGUAUGUGAACGAAGCACUACACAAAAUCGUAGAUAUAGCAAAUCAGCCUUAGUUAAUUAGACAGAUACAAUAUAGUAAACUUAUAUAGCCAUCGAUAAAUGUAAAGCGGGAUCAUAGUAUUAAUUAAAAGACAUAUUCAUAUAUCAAUAUCACAGCAAUAUUGUGAUAAUUUUAAAUUUUAAACAAUUGUCCGAUAUUUCAAACGGUAAUUUGUUAUCUCAGUAAGUUCGAGUAUUAGGAAUGAGGUAGUUUAUAUUAUGAUGUUAAAUAUGCCCUUUGGAAUAUUGGACAAAGAAUUUAUUUAUAAUCUGUCACUAUUAUAACUUAUGUCGUUAUUUUUGUACUAUUACGUCAGAGUUAAGUUUACUUAAAUCAAUCCGCUAACCCACUAUAAUUCUGUAUUGAGGGUUUCUUAGAAAUUAAAACAGUAUGCUAUAAA